UGAGUACAUAAACCAGUAAGAGGAGGAGAAUAACAGAAACUAGUUAGAGGAGGAGAAUAGCACGGAAGAAAAGAAAGAGUACCAUUGACAAUGGCGUCGGUGGCAGAAUCACCGGAAUCUGAGACACACCCAGCAUCCGACGACUACCCCAAAAUCAACAAUCCUCAAAUCUUUAAUCAAACGACGCCGUUUAUUGAUUACGCUGCUGCGCAAGCCCAGCUUUACCACCGGGUCUUCAACGACAGGGUUGAUUCAACAAUUGAUGCUGCAAAAUCCCGUUUCGCCCAAAUCCGCUCUACCUCUUACGCUCAUUUUAACCAGACCUUGGAUUCUUUGGAUGACCUCAAGUCUCAGUACAAUGCUUAUGAAGAUCUUUUGUUUGGAAAGAUCAAAGAGGGUGUACUUAUUGCCGCUUCGCAUCCGUUGAUUACAUGUGGAGCUGCUGCUGCCCUGGGUCUUGUGGUACUUAAGAGGCCUCGGCAGGUCUUGUACUAUAACACUUUGCGCCUUUUGGUCAAUGAAGAGGUGAGUAAUGACCUCAUUAUAUCUCUUGACUUUUCAGGGAGAAAGAUGCCGGAUUUUAGUUUAAUUAAUCACGACUUGUAUGUUUAUCAAAGAUGGUGGAACACAUUCGAUUACUAUGCUGUUAUAAGUACCAUCUCUUGAAUGCUAGUGAAUAUA